AUGCAUCCGGCACCGGAUGCCCAUAGCUCAAAUCACAUCACACAAUAUCGCUCUGCCAGUCCCGCCCUACCGAUUCAUUUGAACGGCUACAUACUACGUGCAUAUAAUGCAGGGUAUUCCUACAUAACGGCGGCGCAUACCGGACGAUACCAACCGAACAAAGAUCUUAACAGCGAUGGCUUCAAUUGGAUGGUGCCUAGCCUCGAUGCCAGACGAUCUGGUGGCUUGCGGAUUGUUGCAGGCAUUUAUGCCGUCUAG